ACAGCAUGGAAGCCGAAAACUACAAGAGCAAAACCCUGUUCAUUAGAAACCUCCCAUUUGUAACUACUAAUGAAAAGCUGACGACAUUGUUUGAAGAUAUUGGCCCAAUCAAACAAUGUUUUGUUGUUAAGAAAAAAGAUUCUGACCUUUGCCGUGGGUUUGGUUAUGUCAAAUUUUCUCUCAUUGAGGAUGCCAUCAAAGCCAAAGACACAAUUACAAAGUUAGAGGGAAGGAAGUUAAUUGUGAGCUUUGCUGAUCAUAAACGAAAGAAACCAAGGAAGUUCUCCAAGAAAGACGAUGAUAGCGAGGAGGAUGAAGACAAGGAUCAGGAGGAGGCAAAAGAAACACACGAUGGAGGAACUGUUAAGAAGGGGAAUGCUGAAUCUGGUCCGAACCACGACUCAAAAUACUUAAAGGCCAAAAUUGUGGUGCUGACAGGAUUUGGUCCUGACCUUGACCUAGGUGGGGUGACAGAUCUUGUGAGCCAUGUGAAGAAGGUGAACAAGAUUGUCUUCCCUGUAGAAGACAGGACUGUACCUACAGCUUUCCUGAAGUUCAAGUGUGUCCGAGACGCAAAACUGGCCAUCAGGAAAGUGCAUGACAAAACUAUCAAAGGUUGUAAACUCUCGGCAGUGCAUCUGUCAAAGGAGUUUGCUGAGAUGCCCCAGAAGAUGCUGAAGAGGUGCAGGCUCAUAAUACGAAACCUCUCCUUCCAGUUAGGAGAUGAAGAACUGCGCUCACAUUUUGAAGGAUUUGGGGAACUGACCGACGUUACAAUACCCACUAAACCAGAUGGCAAGAAGAUGGGGUUUGGGUUUGUUCAGUACACCAACAUGAAGGAUGCUGAGGCUGCAAUAUCUGCGAUGAACAGUGUCAAACUGAAAGGUCGGCCUAUAGCAGUCGACUGGGCAUUGAGCAAGCACACAUAUGAAGCACUGAAAGACAAAGAGACAGCAGCAACCCCAAAAAUGGAUGAGGGGUCAUUCAGUGCAGAGAGUGACGAAGAGAGUGCGAUGAGUUCAGAGAGUGACGAUGAUUCCACGUCAUCAGAGGAGGAAGAGGAAGAGCAGGAAGACUCAGAUGAAGAAUCUGAAGAGGACUCGGACAUCUCCGACUCCAGCGAUGAGGGAUACAGUGACGAGUCGGAAGAUGAGAGAAAGAAAUCAAAUCUUCAUGGCUAUGGCACUAGUAGGAUGAGUACAAACUUGGGCAUGCACAUGCACAGUGAUAAAAGAAAAGGAAACCUGAAGCAAAGAGUGACAUCAGUGAGGGGGAAAACUCUCUUUAUCAGAAAUGUUCCCUUCAGGUGUGAGGAAGAGGACUUGCAAGACGUUCUCUCAGACUUCGGCAACAUUGUCUACUGUAAACUUGUGAUGGACCCCUAUACUCAACAUGCUAAAGGCACAGCGUUUGUCAAGUUUGACACGGUGGAGGAAGCAGACAAGUGUUUGGCUAAAUCCAAGGACACCAGCAGGGAUGGAGGCAUCACCAUAAUGGACCGGCCGCUGGUCAUCUCACAUGCUGUCAGUCGGAAGGACGCUGAUGAUUUGAUGGACAAGGAGAAGAAGAAGGAGAACAAGGUGGACAAGAGGAAUCUCUUCCUUGUGAGAGAGGGCUUGAUCCGGCCUGGAACUCAGGCAGCUGAAGGUCUCUCCAAGGCAGAUCUUGACAAACGAGCCAAGAUCGAAUCCCAGAUGCGUCAGAAGCUGAAGAAUGCAAACAUCUUUGUCUCCUCCACCCGCCUCUGCAUCCAGAACCUGCCUGUCUCCAUGGAGGAUGGAGUGCUCAAACAGAAAAUACUGGCGGCAACAGAAGUUAAAACUAAACAUAUAACAGAGUGUCGGAUCAUGCGAGAUGUCACCAGGGUGACCAACAAGAGCAAGGGCAAGUCUCGGGGAUAUGCAUUUGUGGAAUUCUCGGAACACAAACAUGCUCUGGAAACCCUGAAGUCAUUGAACAAUGCUGUUCAUGGUGGCAAGAGGCUGAUCAUCCACUUCUCCCUGGAGGACCAGAGGAUGCUGCUGAUCCGCCAGAAGAAGCUGGAGAAGAUGAAGGCUCGUAAAGCUGCUGUGAUGAAGAAGGAUACCUCAGAAGAAAAACCAAAAGUGGAGAGCAACGCCGAGAAGUCUGCGAAGUCUGUGUCAGUGAAACUGGGUCAGGUGAAGGCCAGCGCCAGGAGGAAGAGUGAGCAGGAUCAGGUUGCUAGGAAACUGUGGACAGGGCCAAAAGGAAUGCCAACUCAUUCAGGGGCUAAAGUCAGGCACAAGCCCAGGCAGGGUCAGGGUCAAGGUCAAGGUCAGGGAAAGAAAGAGAAGAAGGAUCACAUCGUCAAAGGUCAGAAGAGGCCAGCAUCAAAUGCUUCUGAAAAGGAGCCAGCAAAGAAGAAGAAAAAGAAGUCAAGGAAAGGACCUAAAGGGCCCAGCAGUGACAACUUUGACCGGCUCGUCCAGUCCUACAAGAGCAAGAUGACUGCGGCAGGGCCGCAAGUCAGACAGAAGUGGUUCAGCUGAUCUCGGCUGAUCCUGCUUCAUGAUGUCCUGUUUUGGCUGAUCUUGGCUGACCCUGGUUCAGCUGAUCUCAGCUGACCCUGGUUCAGCUGAUCAUCUGUUUGGGCUGAACUUGGCUGACCCUGUUUCAUCUAAUCUUGGCUGACCCUGUUUCAUCUGAUCUUGGCUGACCCUGUUUCAUCUGAUCUCAGCUGACCCUGAUCUCAGGCUGGAUAUCAGCUGAUCCUGUUUUGGCUGAUCUUCACUGAUCUCAGCUGACCCUGUUCAGGCUGAUAUCGGCUGACUCUGGUUUAUCUGAUCUUGGCUGACCCUGUUUCGGCUGGUCUCAGCUGACUCUGUUUAGCCUGAUAUCGGCUGACCCUGGUUUAUCUGAUCAUGGCAGACAGUGUCAUCAGAUAUCAUGAUAAUGAUGUGUUGCGAAAUGGGCUUCAUACAUUGUACCCAUGUGGGGAAUCAAACCCGGGUCUUUGACAUGACCAGCGAACCCUUUAAGCAUUAGGUUUACCCCACCACCCCUAGCUAUUGUUGAAAACUAGACGAAGAGAAGAACAUAACUCCCCAUGAUUAGAAUAUUUCAUUUAAUGACUCUCAUAAAUGUAGUUGCAGUAUUGGAGGUAAUUGACCAUCGUAAGUUGAUAUGACAGUAGCAGAUUUAUUACUAUUGUAAAUUGAUAUGACACUAUAUGAGCUAUUGAACGUCAUAAACUGAAAUGGGAGGAAGCAAGAUAAUGAAAAUCUUGAUUUGAUAUCAUCGGGUUGAUGUUAAGGACUUUAGGUAAAUAUGAUAAUUUCAAAGUUCAUGUCAGUACUAUGUGAAAUGGGUUUAAUGUGGCUUCAAGAUUAUUGAAGUUAAAUAGUGACUUGCAUGUGUGUGUGUGUGUGUGUGUGUGUGUGUGCGUAACAGGAUAAAUGUUUGUGCUAAAGUGCUAGCCCAUUCAGAAACCAUGGCAUAGUCUGACAAAGCACCGCCUCUCAAACACUGUAUACCGACUCUGAGCCAACCCUCCAUUGUUUAACUCAAGGGGCAGUGUGGUCGUCAAGUGGUUAAAGCAUUUGCUCCUCAGUCGGAAACACCAGGGUUCGAUUCCCAACAUGGGUACAAGUAUGAAGCCCAUUUCUGGUGUCCCCUGCCGUGAUAUUGCUGGAAUACUGUUAAAGUGACUUAAAACUUAAUUCACUCACUCACUCACUUGUUUAACUCCUCAGUGUCAAUCACCAAACAGGAUGACAAGAAACAGUUUCUUUGGUAUAAUGCUUCCAGAGAUCGAACCUCUCCCCACUAGACCACUGAGGCAGUGAGACCUUGUUUGUUAAAUACCACAUAGCAUUCAUUAGGAAGCCAAAAGUCAGUUUGAUGUACAGGAUGUAAAACUAUGGUAUUUAGAUGUUAAAACAAAGGUUUAGGGCUGAAGCAAGUCUAUGAAAAGAAUGGGUUUUAUGACAGUUGUAUCCUGUGAUCACUUGGAACAGCACUCCGUGGAGAGGUUCCAGGUAUGUGUGGAAUGGCACAAGGCCGACGUAGAGCUCCAUACAGAAGUAGGUUGUUAAAGAAAUAUCAAGAAAUAGGUCUGCUGGUGUUUUUGUGAGUGUUUACACAAUAGAUGGUGCCUAUCCUAUGAGAAAUACAUUAAACUGACAGUAGAAAAAGGAUGACAGCUAUUCCGGGAGGAAGAGUCCUGUAUGUACUGAGCUGGAAGGUCGUUACAUUAGAGGUGAGUUGUCUCAUACAAAUGUAAUUGCUCUACAUUCUUGUUGAAUAAAACAGGUGCUUGUCAGGUAUGGUAGACAUUCUGUGGUCUUGAAUAAAGCAUAUGCCUU